AUGACAGAUGAGUGGCAGCAGACUGGCUUCGGCUCCUGGGCUUUCAGCUCCCGCCCAUGCCUAAUCACAGGCGUCGACCGUGUCAGCAUCCGGUCACUCCGCGGAAGAGGGCACAUUGAAGCAGCUUGUAUGCUUCUCGUACGCAACGGCUUCGUCCGCGUUUCCAAGCCUUGGGACGAGGUGCCGGUAUACCAAGCUCUGGGCAGAGCCCCGACUACCACCCUCAUCAACCCAAGCGGAGCCACGAGCCCCAUGCCGUACCCAGACACAAUCUAUAUCUUCUUCGGGGAAGAUACCGGGGGUGAGGAGCUCCGCAAGAUGUGGCUCCGGUUCUUCGACAAGAUUAUGGAUAACCAACCGUGUGGCUUCGCCGGCUUUACGAAGCGCGAAUUCCGCCACAAUGAUCUCCUUGUUCUUCAAGACACCGGCGUUGGCCUUGCCAACCGCUACGAGAAGGCUCUGUUCCAGUUGCACAGUCACGGAUUCCGGCCCUGCCAUUCCAAGUAUCCUUUCACGCCGCAAUUCCGAGCCCCAGUUGAAGGCUCCAAGCCUGUCCGGGAGCCAUGGGGGGCCGGCCAGCCGAAGGGCACAAAGAUGGGCUUGGGUAACGGCAAAGCCGCGGCAACAUUCAAGCUGGAUGUCCGGGUGGUGGCCGACUCCCGACUUGGCGGCCUAGAGAUGGGUGACACCAAGUUGGAUGAUCAACCACUUGAGGAGGCCGGUCCCUCAAUCAAUUUGAGGCGUGGCAGCCUGCGUCCAAGUGGGUGGGCCUGCGCCCCCGGUACUCGCCCGGACUUCGCCAACGGCCAUGAUGAGGGCCUGUCUGCGCGGCUUGCGGAGCGCGAGAGACAGCCUUCUUGA